AUGUUUUCGACCUCAGUGGUUCCUGAGGCAUUUUCUACUCCAGGCUGGCAGAUUGAAAAGAAGUAUUCAACGAAAGUGCUCGUUGGAAACUGGGUAGAAGAAAGAGGGAAGUUCACCAAAGCCACUGACUGCACUCCCCAGUGCAUUUACAGGAAGGAGUAUGUCCCCAUCCCAGACCACAGACCAGACUACAUUUCCAGGUGGUAUUCGAAAAGUAAAGUGGAGGGUCUCCCCUACAAGCACCUGAUCACUCAUCACCAGGAGCCCUCAAAUCGCUAUCUGAUCAGCACCUACGAUGACCACUACAACCGGCACAAUUACAACCCAGGCUUGCCUGCCCUGCGUACCUGGAAUGGACAGAAAUUGCUGUGGUUACCAGAGAAGUCUGACUUUCCUCUUCUCGCGCCUCCCACAAACUAUGGACUAUUGGAGCAACUGCAGCAAAAGUGGCUUGCUUCCAAGACUAGCCUGAGAGAGAGCAUUUAUAUGACAUCCUACCCCAGGCUGCCUGUGUGCGCUAUGUCCAGGAGGGAACAUGCCAUCCCAGUCCCGCCCCCUCGAUUGCACCCCAUCCCACGCUUCUGA